AUGGCUGUGCUUACAGAUUUCCUUACUCUCACAGUUAAGGUAUUUGGAUAUAUCAUCCAUUCUCUGCUUCAGUGGGUAAUGCAACCCCUGGAGAAAACUGUUGCUACUGAAAUCUGCUUGAUAACAGGCGCAGCAAGGGGUCAUGGGCGCCUUUUGGCACUGGAAUUUGCCCAAAGGAGAGCUACCCUCGUCUUGUGGGAUGUCGACUCGGAAGGUAAUGAAAACACAGCGCAGAAAGUGCGUGAGCUGGGAGUCAGGGCUUACGCUUAUACUUGUGACGUGAGUCGACAGGAAGAGGUCUACGCUGCUGCUGAAAAGGUGAGAAGAGAGGUUGGAGAUGUCACCAUCUUAGUCAAUAAUGCCAGCAUCAUAGCUCAGAAGCCCAUCUUGCAGUGCCCAGACGAACUUUUGGACAGGACUAUGAGGACUAAUUGUCAUGCUCAUUUCUGGACUGUCAAGGCUUUCCUUCCACAAAUGAUCAAGAGGGGACAUGGCCACAUUGUCACAAUCGCAGGAUCUCUGGGGCUGUUUGCAACCGGUUGCAUGGAGGGCUAUUGUGCAAGCAAGUUUGCGGUGGUCGGGUUCCAUGAAGCGCUGAGCCAUGAGCUGAAAGCAAAAAGUGUCAACGGUGUGAAGACGACUCUGGUGUGCCCUUAUUUUGGCAGCACUGGGCCAUCAGGCUGUUUUGGAAUCAGGCAAGAAGGUGAAGUCACAAUUUCUCCAGCAAAUCCAGGUUUUUGGGUGAAGUCAGCCGUGCGAGGAAUUCUCCGUAAUCAGCACAUGAUCUGCAUCCCCAGAGUGGUGUAUUUUGCACUGAUAUCAAAAAACUUCCUGCCUUGGGAUGUUCAAGUUCUUGUUCAAAAAUUCCUGGGAUUGGACAAGCACAUUUCAUGAAAAGAAGCAAACUGUAUUGCAGGAAGAUGAAGAUACUUCCAUUUCAAAGAACAGCUUUUGAAGCAAUAUAUUUCUAAUUGUGAACUCAAGACAAAAAUAUGUCUGGACAAAAUUACUUAAAGCCGCGCAGCAUUUGGCAUGUGAGACUGAUUGGCACAUAAGUGGUUUCCAGAACAUUCUUCCUUUGAUCUAUCAAACAGGAGGUGGGCAUUUGCCACAACAAAUGGGACAAAAUUCAGAUUGUCUUCUAAAUUUGUACCUCAGUAAGAGUUAUAUAGCAGACAGAAUAAUAUUGA